AUGGAUAGCAUUGCAUCCCAACAGGACUUUCCCGAAGAGGGGACUUCGACAAAGACCCCCCCUCGUAACUUGCUUAUUUGGGGCAGCGUAGCCAUUGGAUGUGGUAUUUUACUUUGGCUGCUUGCCAUGUCCUGGUGGGUAUAUAAACUAUGGAGUUUGCACAAACCAAAUCGCCAACCCAGAGAUGUCGAAGCGCAGUUUUCGACGGAGGAUUUGGAGUUUCAGCAAAGGGUACAAAGAGAACAAGAUAGUAAUAAGUCGCAGGGAAUACGCUCAGAAGUACCGCCGUCAACGCCGACAACGAAAGACGGCGUAAAGAAACAUGUCAGAUUCUCUGACCCUAACUCUCAACAUGCGGCGACCGUUGAGUCGUGCAAUGAAGAAGAAGAUACGCAGCCAUCGCCCUCGACUUCAUCGGUUAAGCCGGCCACAAAGUCGUCUAAAGAGAUCCCUGAGGUAGAUCUUAGUGAUCCGUUUGCUGAUACAGAAGAAAUACCUGGCGGGGAGGAGGACAUACCAGGAAAGCCUACUGCAGCCCCUGAAUCGCCUGACAAGCUCGAAGAAAUCGAGCUAGGACGUAGGCAGGCAGGCAACGAUGAACCUAGAGAUUUGGUGAAGAUAUCGCAAACUAAGCGGUUAUCUCAGAUUGAGAAUAACGAAACUUAG